UUGGAAUUUGGUUGUUUCCAAUGUAAACUUUCUUUUCUAUUUUAAGUUUCCUGUAUAUUCGGUGUUAUUGAUAACAGUAAUGUUUACAGACGAAAUUCUUGAGGGGGUGAACUUUACAUCCACGUGGAAAAAAGAAAGGUACAUCAAUGACAGUGGCACGCAGACAGGAGCGUUGAUGGUGUCAGACGAGGCCGUGCAGUCAUACACAUAUGUUGACGAGGCUGUACAAACAGAUGAGGAGCCACGAAAAAAGUUACGCUUGGCGGACGAUGUAUCUGGUCGACUGUUGGAGUUCCUGAGAAAAACGGAACCCCUCUUGUCCAGGCAACUAGUCAGCAACUUGCACAGUCGAGCUUUCGAUGACUACACGGUGGGAGAGGAUGAUGAAAACACAGGUGUAACCAGUCUACACACCCUCACCAAUGCAGCUCUCAAUGAGGAACUACAGGUCACCAGUCUAUCCUGGAACUCCACUGGAUCUGUUAUAGCCGCUUCCUACGGUAAACAGGAGCACGAGGACUGGUGCACACACCGUACAGUGUUGUGCACGUGGAACCUGGACCGGUCAAGCAUGGUGCACGACAAACCGGACACCAGCAUCGAGCUGGACAGCUGCCUCAUGUACAUAGCUUUCCAUCCUAAGAAUCCUGCCAUCAUAGCUGGGGGAAACUUCAAUGGUGAGGUGAUGUUGUGGGAUCUAUCCCGUGAGGAUGACAUGCUGAUAGCAACAUCAGGGCUCGGGGAAGAUGCCCACCAGGAGCCCGUCACCAAGGUGUACUGGAUCACAGACGCCAAGGGCAAGAAAAUCUAUUUGGUGAGUGCAAGUGGAGAUGGCAAAAUUAUUCAGUGGAAAAUUGACAGAAAGGCACAGAGACUAAUGCCUAAAGAAGGGUUUAUGUUGAUGACGGGUAGUCUGCCUCGGAGUAUGAAGGUGCGGGGCGUGCGCGGGGACCGGGAGGUAGGAGUCACGUGUCUCUCCUUCCAUGCCGAAGACAAGGAUACAUUCAUUGUUGGCUCGGAAGCCGGUGUCAUCUUCAAGUGCUCCAUGCACUCACAGGGCCCUCCUGCGGGCAGUCAUGUGGCCUCGUCCAUCCCACUGAGGUCCCCAGUAACAUUCACAUACAGCCCCCACCAUGGUCCAGUGUUCUCUGUUGAGUGCUCCCCCUUUCACCGUAACGCCUUUCUCUCAUCAAGCAUGGACCAGUGUAUACGCCUCUACAGUCUCCUGCAGGCCCAGCCAGUGUUGACCAUAGAGCCUGGUGAGGGAUAUGUCCACAGCGCAGCCUGGUCCCCAGUGAAGGCCACUGUCCUGGCCGCCACUACACAGUCUGGCAUGCUCCUUAUAUACGACCUCAAGCGAGGCAAGACUGUCCCCAUACACAGCAUCCCCGUCAACACAAAGAAAGAGCCGGUAUACUCCUGCCAGUUCAAUCCCCAACAGCCCCAGUUGUUGGCGACAGGUGAUGCGCGGGGCUGUAUCCAGGUGUUCAGCCUCAGCUCUAGUCUCAGAACGGCCUCGGGCAAGGAUGCUGACUUUCUCGGAGAUCUUGUGAAUGUCACCGCAGAGUAGCGGUGCUGUACCCGUGCUUGCCCCAUUGAAACACUCUAACAUCACCGCAGAGUUAACUUGGAGCUUAUCAACUCCGUAAAUAACAUCACCGCAGAGUUAACUUGGAGCUUAUCAACUCCGUAAACAUUUCGAAGUGCAUGUAUUGUCAGAAAGGACGACAACUUGGACUGGCAUCACUACAUGACAUGUUUACCUAUAGUUAGUGAUCUCUGAAUCUCACUGUGAAUUUAUUCUAAACUUCUCUGUUCCAAAAUAUUUUAACGCUUUUUGAAUAUUGCGGUAGCCUUGGUGUCUUUAUCAUCGUCGUCAUUAUUAAAAAACUUGAAUUUCGGCCAUAACUCAAAUUCCGUUCAAGAUAUUGAAUUGAAACUUUGUUCGUUUACAAAUGUUACCAAUUACAUUAACACAUAUACAGUAAGUCUCACAACCCUGGUGUUAACAAUUGUUAAGUUAUGCCCCACUUAUGUAUGGAAGAACAGACGACCAGCAGUGCUCGUGUUGUCAAUGAGAGUUCUGCAGGGAUGACAACUUUUUAGAAACAAUGACAUUCGUUAAUGUCACACAUGUGGUAAUCUCUGUGUUGCAUUUAGUAUGCAAUAGGCAUGGUAAAUUAAAGGUGCAUCAUACAGGUUGGUACAAAAACAACCAUAUUAAAUGCAUUAUCAUGUUUCACUAGUUUGACUUUAAGGAUCAAAAUAAAAAAGGCAUAUGAUUUAGGUACAAAUAAAAAAAGCGAUAUUUUGGCACUUUUUAACUGAAGAAUUUGUGGCUAAGUAGCUGUUAAAUUUUUUUUAUAAAGGUCAAUAUUUUUAAUUUGUACCUAAAUCAUAUGCUUUUUGGUUUUGAUAAUUUCAGUCAAGUGAGAUAAUCAUGAAAAAAUAUUAUUUAAAAAAAAAACUAUAAUGUAGACAUUUUUUUUAUAAAAACCAAUACCUGCAGUAACUGAAUUUAGACACUACAAUGCCUUAGUUGAUACUAAGCUAAUGUACAUUGCAAAAGUUGCUUCACAUUUCUGUUACAACAUUUAAGCUCGCUGUCUGUGAUAUGUUUUGUAUUUAUGAUAAUUAUUUAAUAAACAUAUUUAAAAAUAAACUACUUGAAGCUGAUCUUGAAGUUUGUAACGUGGGGUAACUAUUAAACAUGCACUUGUCCCUAUCGCUUGUAUUUCAACGCAUAUAAAUACAUGAGCGCAUCCUCUUAGUGUAUGAGGCGGAUCCGUAUAUAACGCAGCGCUCAGUAGCCAACCGGACCAAAAAA